GUCAAAAAUUGUUAUACCAAUUGUUUUAACAAUUUUUUUUUUAUAUUUAUUUACCAACAAUGGGUACGGUAACUUUUUCUUGUGUCUUUGUUGUGUUGGCCUUUUUAUUGGCUAAUGUUAAUGGUGUUGAAGUCGGAUUUUAUGAAUUGAAGAGGGGAGAUUUCUCUGUGAAGCUUACCAACUAUGGUGCAGUUAUUAACUCUGUUAUUCUCCCUGAUAGAAAUGGGAAACUAGAUGAUGUAGUUCUUGGAUUCGAUUCAGUUGAUGGCUACAAGAACGAUACAACCUACUUUGGAGCCGUUGUUGGACGAGUUGCUAACAGAAUUGGAGGAGCUAAAUUUACUUUGAAUGGCACCACUUAUAAUUUGGUUGCCAAUGAAGGAAAGAACAUACUCCAUGGUGGUCCUAAAGGAUAUGGUGAUGUUAUAUGGUCUGUAUUGACUUACAAACCGGAUAGUCACAUUACAUUCACCUAUGAAAGUUCUGAUGGUGAAGAGGGCUUUCCUGGUGCCCUUUCUGUCGCAGUGACAUACAUGCUCAUUGAUACAAACAAAUUAGGUGUGAAAUUUGAAGCCAAGGCUCACAACAAGGCCACACCAGUGAAUUUAGCCCAGCAUGCUUACUGGAAUCUCGGCGGCCACAAUAGUGGUGAUAUCCUCUCACACGAACUCCAGAUUUUCGGAUCCCAUAUUACACCAGUUGAUGAAGAACUCAUCCCCACCGGUGAAUUGACCCCCGUCAAAGGAACACCAUUUGAUUUCCUCGAACUCCAUAAGAUUGGUGACAGGAUAAAUGAGCUACCUAAAGGAUAUGACAUUAACUAUGCCUUAGAUGGUAACAGUACUGCGCACUUUAGGAGGGCUGCAGAGGUGUAUGAUAGUGUAUCUGGAAGAAGACUGCAGCUGUGGACUAGUGCACCCGGAGUGCAGCUUUACACUGGUAACUUGGUGCAUGAUGUGAAGGGUAAAGGUGGUUACAUUUAUAAGGAGCAUGCUGCACUUUGCUUGGAGACACAAGGGUUCCCUGACUCUGUGAAUCACCCUAACUUCCCUUCACAGAUUGUCAACCCGGGAGAGACCUAUAAGCAUAUUAUGGUCUAUCGGUUCACAGCUCACUAGAACUUCUAAACAUUCAAGGGAAAAUUUUUUGAAUGUUUUGCUCAGGUUCUUCAUUUUUUGUGAUGUUUUCCAUAACAAAAAUUGUGCAGAUAUUUUGACAUAUAUUCUUAUUGUGGAUGUCCUUAAGAACUAGUCUUGUUUAAUUCAUAAAUGAACUCUGCAUAAUCGUGCAACAUGCACUAUUGAA